CCCCGAGAUUAUUCGCUAAUCCCACUCAGUGGCAGAUUCCUACCACCAUCAGCUCUCUGCGUCAGCGCGUCAGUCUCUUUGCGCGCUCGUGAAGAUGAGUCCAAGUGCCAGGAGUGAUAAGUCCAAUCAGGAGGAGCGGCUUCUCAGCGCCAGCAAAGGACAUCGUCCUUCAGUGGCCAUUCGUCGCCAGAGACCCAGAGCAAUCCUCAAGUCCGGCGACUGCAAUGUCUUGCAGGAGAAUCUCAGUCACCACCAGCUGAAAUUCCUGCAGGACAUCUUCACCACGCUCGUGGAUUUGCAGUGGCGCCUCGUUCUGCUUAUCUUCGCGCUCAGCUUCCUGCUUUCGUGGCUGUUCUUUGCCUUCAUGUUCUGGCUCAUUUCCCUCACUCACGGCGAUCUCGAUGAAAUGCACCUGCCGCCGCUGCAGGAGGCGAAUGGCUGGAGACCUUGCAUCCUCAAUAUCUACUCCUUCACUUCCUGCUUCCUCUUCUCGCUGGAAUCCCAGCACACGAUCGGUUAUGGUGUUCGCGCGACGACGGAAGAAUGCCCAGAAGCUGUCUUUGUCACGUGCAUGCAAGCGAUUUGUGGAGUUCUUGUGCAGGCUUUCAUGGCGGGAAUUGUGUUCGCAAAGCUCACGCGACCGAAGAGUCGCUGUCAGACGCUCCUGUUCUCCCGGAGUGCGCUAAUCAGCCAGCGAGAUGGAGAGCUGUGUCUGAUGUUUAGAGUGGGAGACAUGAGGAAGAGCCACAUAAUUGGAGCGAAUAUCAGAGCGCAGCUGAUCCACACGAGAGUCACUCCUGAGGGCGAAAGAAUCAAGCAAUACCACACGGAACUCGAGCUGAAGAUGGACGAUUGUGACUCAAAUCUCUUCCUGAUCUGGCCAGUGAUCGUCACACACAAAAUUAACGCUGACUCUCCACUGUUCAAUCUUUCUCCCUUCGACAUUAUGCAAGAUCAGUUCGAGAUCCUGGUCUUCCUUGAGGGAACCAUUGAGUCAACUGGACAGAGCACUCAGGCAAGAACCAGUUAUCUGAACACUGAGAUUCUCUGGGGCUAUCGCUUCCAGGAGAUUGUGAAUUUCAGCCAAGAGAGUCGAGUGUUUGAAGUGGAUUAUUCGAAAUUCAACGAGAUCAUCCCGGUCGACACUCCCUUCCCAUCGCCAAUGUCGGCUCCAAUGGAGGAAUUCUACCAGAGCCCAUCGGAGAUCUACCAGACAAUAAGCGGCAUUCCGGAGACUCCGCAACCAAUUCCCAAUCCGAUGCAUCUGCAGCUCAACAAUCUCGACCACUUCAUCACCAAGUUCCGCUCUCAGUCGAACUACCACAUCUUCAAGGGGUCGCGACGUCCUCUCGAGUCCGUGCAGUCUCAUCCGGGCAUCUGUCCAGUAUGACCAGGCGCCUCCACUGGCCCAGCCGAGACACACUUCUCGCCCGAUUGGGAACCGGAACGCGCACAGGUGGAGCGAGAACGUUAUCUCUCAAAUUCUUUUUGCCACAAUUUUUUGCCCAGAGCGCAGAAGAGGAAAAUAAGAGCAAGUCAAGAUGGCCUACAUACACUUAUUUGGUAUUAAAAUCAGUGCAAAAAUUGUAAUCCGCUCUUAAUUGUGUGUAUAACAUUUCGCGGAAAGAAUCUCGUGCGAUGUGAGUGAGAGAGUGAGAGAGAGAGACAAGAGACGAAAUAUUGAAAGAGUUAUAAUUUCCUGCCAUGUAAGGGAAUUAAUAAUUAAUUU